UCAAACGCACCCGCUGAAUUCCACUGCGCCUCAACAUUCUCCCUCCCCUGUCCCUUUGAUCUUCCUGCGUUCCUAGCCCUCCUCUACUACUGGCUAAGCCCCUGCCGAAAACCCCUACCAUCCUCAACCUUCCUUCCUCUCAUGGGAUUCCGAAUUAACCGCUUGUAUACGCGCUUACGAGAAGUUCUAUUGGCAACGCAGCAACUCUCAGCUUCAUCUGUACUUACCAACAAAUCAUCCCUAACCAAUGUGCUUCUAAAAUCUUUGCGUUCCCUGCCCCUUAAAUUUGUGUUUUCUCCUCGUUCGGAUUCGUUCUCUCAGCCUUGUGGCGGCAUUCCGGUUGGCUGUGACCAAAAAAGACACGGAAGAACUCCAGAUUUUAGAUCUACGUCUCUAAUGUAGCCCUUUCUUUGCCAUCCAUCUUCCCUAUACCUUCCAGCUAUGUCAGAAACGAAACUCCUGGAUACCAAGACACUGGCCUUCCCUGAUCAUGUAGGUGAUGAUAUCCCUCGAUACUCGAUACUUUCGCAUACAUGGAGCCGCCGAAGGUUAGCGUACCAGGAAAUGUUCAAUGCUAUGGAAAUAGUCAAACCUAAGCUACUCGGAUUUAUCAACAAGAGUUGGGUUAUAGGAUAUCAAUACACCUGGAUUGAUACAUGCUGCAUAGACGAAGCUACCAGAACGGAGCUCACCGAAUCCAUCACUUAAUGUAUUCAUGGUACAGGGACUCCACGAUUUGUCUCAUAUAUCUUGGCGACGAGGAUAUUGAAAGGCCAAUCCCGCGUGGUGUAAAGUCGAAGACCCGCGGUGGCUCAGCAGCGAUUGAUUCUUCGAGAACCCAUAGCCCCAUGAGGACUGUGUUUUCUUUGCGAGGUUGG